GGCCUUCUCCCUGGGAUAUUUAUAAUUUGGAUAUUGCGCUUGUGGACUUGGCGCGCAAGCUCCGAAAGGACCUCAAAAAACCAGAGGCCCCUUCUCCCACAACCGUUUGGCCUCUGGUUGCUGAUCCCUCCUCAUUCCUUUUCCUGGCGUUUACGUCACGCCUGUACAUGAUCCACGCGUUGUUGCAGCGUGGAUCAGUUUACUUGAGCAUGUUCUGCUCAGAGACGGAAAGGAAG